AUGGUGGAAGUGACGGAGGAAAUGGGGAAAGAUUAUAUGAUGAUAAUCCUACCUGAGGUGGGACAGAAUAGUCUGGUGUUGGAUGGUAAGAUGGAGAUGGAGGGUAUGAUGCGGCGUGGUAGGACGGAGAUGGAAGAGGUUUUCAACAAAUUCAAGAGCAGCGAUGGUAAGUUCAAGGAAGACCUCACCGAAGAGGUGAGUGGGAUGCUAUGCUUAUACGAAGCAACACAUUGGAGGGUACAUGGAGAAGAUAUUCUAGAUGAAACCUUGGAGUUCACAACCGCUAGACUUAAUUCCAUAGUCACAGAUGAUCAUCCUCUUGCAACACAAGUGAUGCAUGCGUUGAAACAAUCCCUCCACAACAGCCCACCAAGGAUUGAAGCUAGGCACUACAUCUCUGCUUACCAAGAAGACAAGACAAAGAAUGAAUCUCUUCUUAAGUUUGCAAAAAUAGAUUUCAAUGUGCUACAAGCCAUCCACCAACAGGAGCUAACCCAACUCUCAAAAUGGUGGAAAGAAUUAGGGUUAGCAUCAAAGCUACCUUAUGCUAGAGACCGACUUGUGGAGUCAUAUUUUUUUGCAGUGGGAAUAUAUUUUGAACCUCAUUAUGCUCUUGGAAGAAAGAUUGUAACAAAAGUUACUGCCCUGCUUACUAUUAUUGAUGAUACCUAUGAUGCCUAUGGUACCCUUGAAGAACUCCAACUCUUUACAGAUGCGAUUGAGAGGUGGGAUCUUAGCCCCAUCAAUCGACUCCCUAAAUACAUGAAGGUGCUCUACUUGGCAAUCUUAGAUGUUUACAAUGAAAUUGAGGAAGAUUUCAGAAAGGAUGGACAAUCUUAUCUUGGGUUUGUUUGGUUUUAUUAUAUAUUUCAGAUGAAAAUACAAAUUAGAGCUUACUUCAUGGAGGCCAAAUGGUUUAAUGAAGGAUAUACUCCAACAUUCGAAGAGUAUAUGCAAACUGCAUCAAUUAGCAUUCCAUGUUUCAGUCUAAUAGUCACUUCCUUGGUUGGCAUGAGAGGAGAUGUUGUGACAAAGGAAACCUUUGAUUGGGCAAUGAAUGAAUCUAAUAAGCUUGUCAAGGCUAUAAACUUAAUUGGGAGGCUUUUGGAUGAUAUGACGUCCCACAAGUUUGAGCAAGAGAGAGGGCAUAUUUGUUCGGCUGUGGAGUGCUACAUGAAGCAAUAUGAUAUCAUCUCAGAGCAAGAGGUAUAUGAUGAAUUUAAGAGAAGAGUAGCAGAAGCAUAUAAAGUUGUAAAUGAAGCAUGCAUGAAACCGACCACUGUGCCAACACCAGUACUGUUACUUUGUGUCAACUUUCUUCGUUUAACUGAUUUCAUCUACAACUACAAGUAUAAAGAUGGUUUUACUCUUCCCCAUGAAGUGUUGAAGGAGACCAUCACCUCAUUGUUUGUAAAUCCAAUACCCAUGUAG